AAAAUUUUCCUAAUUUUCCUGUUUUUUUUUUCCCUCUCUAUAAAAACAACACCGCUUAACUGCGAAGAGGUCAUUAACCUGUGACGUUUUAAAAGACAAAUAGAGAAAAUUUUUCAAAGAGAAGAUGGUGGAUGCAGAGUCAUUGAAAUUAAUCAUACAAGAAAGGCUGCAGACAGAUGAAGUGUACGUUGAAGACCUUUCGGGAGGUUGUGGUCAGGCCAUUGCUGUGAUCAUUGUGUCUUCACAAUUCCAAGGGAAGAACAAGUUGGCCAGAUCGAGGUUGGUCAAUUCAUUGCUAAAGGAGGAGAUCGCCGCCAUUCAUGCAUUUCAACAAAAGACAUUUACGCCCGAAGAAUGGGUUACACAGAGGGCUAAUUACAACGUUUGAUUGGUUUGAGAUUGAACGUGCACAUUUCACGUUAUAACAAAUUGUAGAGGUCUGCGUGUGUCUGUCCGAGUGCUCUGUACAGGACAAAGGAUCUGGACGCCUAUUCGUGGACCUCGAGGUGUUACAUUGUAUGCACUGGUGGUGACUAUACAUAUCAUUCCUGUGUUUGAAUUUCAUCUGUUAUCACACCUAUCAAGUGGCAAUGGUCUUGUCUUAUCUACAAUGACUUUAAUGCUUGACAGCUUUUUGCCUCUCCCCUGGGGAUCAAGGGUCCUUUGCAACGAUUGGUAGUUUCCGCCAUGUAGAUAGCGCAACAGGCUGAAUGGGGCUAUGGGGUAUCGCCUAUAUGCUUUAUCAGUCACAUCACACUGUAAUCUCGGUGUAAAUAGUGUGAUCUUUUAGAUAAAAACUUGGUCGGAUUCCCGAUGCCUCCUUGAGUCUUACUUCAAUAG